AUGAACUCUCCUAGGAGCAGAACACAGCAACAACAACAUCAAUCCGACAUCAAUCCAACAUUCAAUUCGAGUAGGCAGGAUGAUGCAGAGCGAACAUACCGGCUCGGUAGCCCAACGGAAACCGGAUUAGUAGAUUGUAGAGAUACAUGCGCGUACUGUGUGACCCAGGUCCACAUCAACAAAGUAACAUUUGGCCAAACGAGACUCCAGGUCCCCACAUUCGGACUGCUGUACAAACCGACAAAUGUUCCCGUUCAAGCACUGCAGAAGGGUAGACUGGCACGAUCAAUCAAUAUAUUGGGCCAGUUGUACGACGGCACCGGUUGUAAUACCGUCAUGCGAUGGAAGGGGUUGGAUCGAGUGCGGUGUUCGAGUGAUCAGUGGGGCGGUAUGGGAGGAUAG